AUGGGCUCCAUCUACAGCCAACUCUUCGUCAAGCUCUCAUUACCUGACUCAUCCACAAUCAAAAACAAGACAAUCCUAGUAACCGGCUCGAACACAGGCCUCGGCCUCGAAGCCGCCCGGCAUGCACUGAACCUCGGAGCAGGCAUUGUGAUAUUAGCCGUGCGUUCUGUGCUAAAGAGCGAGGAGGCAAAGACCGAUAUCACACGUGCCGAUCCGGACUUGAUGGAAAGGGUCCUUGUAUGGCCGCUUGAUCUGGAGUCCUUCGCUAGUGUGCGGGCUUUCAUAUCCCGGGCGCGGGAGUAUGUUUCGAAUGGAGGGAGAUUGGACGGCGUGAUUCUGAACGCGGGGAUCGCGAGCCUUGCGUGGAGGGUUACAGAGGAUGGGUGGGAGCGCAGUCUGCAGGUGAAUGUUCUUUCGACGGCGCUGUUGGCGCUGGGGCUAUUACCUCUGCUCUUGCAAGCGUCGAGCAAAGAUCCAGACUCGAACUUGUCAAAGCCGCACCUUACAAUCCUCGCAAGCGACAUCCACAAGACCGCGAUGUUUAAUGAGCGGCAUGCGGAGAAUAUCCUCUCGGUACUUAAUGACAAAGACCAGUGGGGGAAAUCGCAGCAAGCCGGUGGUGCGACGGAGCGGUACGCAGUCACAAAGCUACUCGACAUCUACAUCACGCAAGAGAUCGCAAAGCUUGUUCCGCUCAGUGAGGACGGAGAACCACGCGUGGUGGUGAACUGCGUCGCGCCGGGAUUCUGCAAGUCGAAUCUGCUGUCGAGAGAGGAGGGGGUUCCGGUUGUUGUUAAGAUGCUUCAGUGGGCUGUUGGAAGGAGUGUGGUUGAGGGGAGUAAGACGCUUAUUUAUGCUGUUGGUAUGGGGAGUGAGAGUCAUGGGUGUUGGGUGGAGGAUCAGGUUGUUAGGGAGUGA